AGGAGGUCGCCGCCCUGCACGGGCUCGGCUCCGCUCUGGCCGCUGAGUUUGGGAUGUGUCUGAGGAGUGAUUUAAAAAAAAGUCUCCAAGGCACAUGGCUGGCGUGGAAGCAUAACCCAUCUCUAGUCUUCGGAUCUGUGCUCGGUUCUUCUCUUGCACCUUGGGACGCGGGAUCGUCAUGCUGUGAUGUGUGCCCAGGGAGGAAUUGAUCACCUACACAACCUGGAUCUCACUGCAUUUUGGACAUGACUGAGCCUCUUCAAUGGGCCAGAUACCACUGGCAGCGGCUGAUGGGCAGUCCCAACAGGGACGAUGAUGAGAGACCAUACAACUAUGCCUCACUGCUUGCCUGCGGGGGCAAGUCCUCUCAGACCCCCAAACUGGCAGGCAGGCACCGGGUGGUGGUUCCCCACAUCCAGCCCUUCAAGGAAGAGUAUGAAAAGUUCUCUGGAACCUAUGUGAAUAACCGAAUACGAACGACGAAGUACACGCUUCUGAAUUUUGUGCCAAGAAAUUUAUUUGAACAAUUUCACAGAGCUGCCAAUUUAUAUUUCCUGUUUCUAGUCGUCCUGAACUGGGUGCCUUUGGUAGAAGCGUUUCAAAAGGAAAUUACGAUGCUACCUCUGGUGGUGGUCCUGACAAUUAUCGCAAUUAAAGAUGGCUUAGAAGAUUAUCGAAAAUACAAAAUUGAUAAGCAGAUCAACAACUUAGUAACUAAAGUUUACAGUAGGAAAGAGAAAAAAUACCUUGAUCGAUGCUGGAAAGAUAUUACAGUUGGAGACUUUGUUCGCCUUUCCUGUAACGAGGUCAUUCCUGCAGAUAUGGUCUUACUCUUUUCCACUGAUCCAGAUGGAAUCUGUCAUAUUGAGACUUCUGGUCUUGACGGAGAGAGCAAUUUGAAACAGAGGCAGGUGGUUCGAGGGUAUGCAGAGCAGGACUCUGAAGUUGAUCCCGAGAAAUUCUCCAGUAGGAUAGAAUGUGAAAGUCCAAACAAUGACCUCAACAGAUUCCGAGGCUUCCUAGAACAUUCCAACAAAGAACGUGUGGGUCUCAGUAAAGAAAAUUUAUUACUUAGAGGAUGCACCAUCAGAAACACAGAGGCUGUUGUGGGCAUCGUGGUAUAUGCAGGUCAUGAAACCAAAGCAAUGCUGAACAACAGUGGUCCAAGGUAUAAGCGCAGCAAAUUAGAAAGAAGAGCAAAUACAGAUGUCCUCUGGUGUGUUCUGCUGUUGGUUGUAAUGUGCUUAACUGGUGCAUUGGGUCAUGGAAUCUGGUUGAGUAGAUAUGAAAACGUAGUCUUUUUCCAUAUCCCUGAGCCCGAUGGACAUGUCACAUCACCAGUGUUGGCAGGAUUCUACAUGUUUUGGACCAUGAUCAUUUUGUUACAGGUCAUGAUUCCCAUUUCUCUCUAUGUUUCCAUUGAAAUUGUGAAGCUUGGACAGAUAUAUUUUAUUCAAAGUGAUGUGGAUUUCUACAAUGAGAAAAUGGAUUCUACUGUUCAGUGCCGAGCCCUAAACAUCACCGAGGAUCUCGGGCAGAUUCAGUACCUCUUUUCUGAUAAGACAGGAACCCUCACUGAGAAUAAGAUGGUUUUUCGAAGAUGCAGUGUGGCAGGCUUUGAUUACUGUCAUGAAGAAAAUGCCAAGAGGUUAGAGUCCUAUCAGGAAGCUGUCUCUGAAGAUGAGGAUUUUGCAGACUCUCCCAGUGGCUCCCUUAGCAACAUGGCGAAACCGAGGGCCCCCAGCUGCAGGACGGUUCAUUACGGGCCUUCGGGAAAUAAAGCCUCGACUCAUCUUGCUGGGAGCUGCUCUGCGCUAGGAAGUGGAGAAGGAGCCAGUGAAGUGCCUCAUUCCAGACAGGCUGCUUUCAGUAGCCCCAUCGAAACAGAUGUGGUACCAGACACCAGGCUUUUGGACAAAUUUAGUCAGAUUACACCUCAGCUCUUCACCCCACUAGCUGAGAAUAUCCCAGAACCACCACCAGAGACUUUGUACAUCAUCGACUUCUUUAUUGCUUUGGCAAUUUGCAACACAGUAGUGGUGUCUGCUCCUAACCAACCACGGCAAAAGAUCCGACUCUCUUCACUGAGUGGAAUGCCCAUUAAGUCUUUGGAAGAGAUUAAAAACCUUUUCCAGAGAUUGUCCGUCCGAAGAUCAAGUUCACCAUCUCUCGCCAGUGGGAAAGAGCCAUCUUCUGGGGUCCCAAGCGCCUUUGUGAGCAGACUCUCUCUCUUCAGUCGGAUGAAGCCGGCUUCACCUGUGGAGGAAGAGGAGCCCCAGGCAGGCGAGAGCCCUCAGGGUUCCGGUAGCUCCGCCUGUCCUAGGGACACAGAGAAGCAAAACGGUGAUGCGGGCAUCGCCAGCGGCAAGGUGGACCCCCUCCCUGGGCGGCCCUCGACUUCUGGGCUGUGUUACGAGGCUGAGAGCCCGGAUGAGGCGGCCUUGGUGUACGCCGCCCGGGCUUACCAAUGCACUCUGCAGUCCCGGACCCCGGAGCAGGUCGUGGUGGACUUUGCUGCUCUGGGACCAUUAACAUUUCAACUCCUGCACAUCCUGCCCUUCGACUCAGUAAGAAAACGAAUGUCCGUUGUGGUCCGGCACCCGCUUUCCAACCAAGUUGUGGUGUAUACAAAGGGUGCCGAUUCUGUAAUCAUGGAAUUGCUCUCCGUGGCUUCCCCAGAUGGAGCAAGUCUGGAGAAACAGCAGAUGCUAAUAAGGGAGAAAACCCAGAAGCACUUGGACGACUACGCCAAGCGCGGCCUGCGCACGUUAUGCAUAGCGAAGAAGGUCCUGAGUGACACCGAAUAUGAAGAGUGGCUGAGGAGUCAUUUUUUAGCUGAAACGAGCAUCGACAACAGGGAAGAAUUACUGCUUGAAUCUGCCACGAGGUUGGAGAACCAGCUAACUUUACUUGGUGCUACUGGCAUUGAAGACCGUCUGCAGGAGGGGGUCCCUGAGUCUAUAGAAGCCCUUCACAAGGCCGGCAUCAAGAUCUGGAUGCUGACGGGGGACAAGCAGGAGACGGCUGUGAACAUCGCUUACGCGUGCAAACUGCUGGAGCCGGACGACAAGCUCUUUAUCCUCAACACCCAGAGUAAAGACGCCUGUGAGUUGCUGAUGGACAAAAUUUUGAAAGAACUGCAGAAGAAGAACCUAGCCUCUCCGGAGCAAGCAUCAUUAAGUGGGGAUUUACACCAGCCUUCUGCCCCCCACGACUCAGGGCUGCGGGCUGGGCUCGUUGUCACUGGGAGGACCCUGGAGUUCGCCCUGCAGGAGAGUGUGCAGAGGCAGUUCCUGGAGCUGACUGCUUGCUGUCAAGCUGUGGUCUGCUGCCGCGCCACCCCCCUGCAGAAAAGCGAGGUGGUGAAAUUGGUGCGCAACCAUCUCCGGGUGAUGACCCUGGCCAUUGGUGAUGGUGCCAAUGACGUUAGCAUGAUACAGGUGGCAGACAUUGGGAUAGGAAUUUCAGGUCAAGAAGGCAUGCAGGCUGUGAUGGCCAGUGACUUUGCCAUUUCUCAGUUUAAACAUCUCAGCAAGCUGCUUCUUGUCCACGGGCACUGGUGUUAUACACGACUUUCCAACAUGAUUCUCUAUUUUUUCUACAAGAACGUGGCCUAUGUGAACCUCCUUUUCUGGUACCAGUUCUUUUGUGGGUUUUCAGGAACGUCCAUGACUGACUAUUGGGUUUUGAUCUUCUUCAACCUCCUUUUCACAUCUGCCCCUCCCGUCAUUUAUGGUGUUUUGGAAAAAGAUGUGUCUGCAGAGACCCUCAUGCAACUGCCUGAACUUUACAAGAGCGGUCAGGAAUCGGAGGCCUAUUUACCCCUCACCUUCUGGAUCACCUUGCUGGAUGCCUUUUAUCAAAGCCUGGUCUGCUUCUUUGUGCCUUACUACACCUACCGGGGCUCAGACAUUGACAUCUUUACAUUCGGGAACCCCCUGAACACAGCUGCUCUGUUCAUCAUUCUCCUUCACCUGGUCAUUGAAAGCAAGAGUUUGACUUGGAUCCACAUGCUGGUGAUCGUUGGGAGCAUCUUGUCUUAUUUCUUCUUUGCCUUGGCCUUUGGAGCCAUGUGUGUGACUUGCAACCCACCCUCCAACCCCUACGGGAUUAUGCAGGAGCACCUGCUGGACCCGGUGUUCUACUUCGUCUGUGUCCUCGCAACCUGCACUGCCCUUCUGCCCAGGUUUAUAUGCCGAGUUGUUCAGGGAUCCCUGUUUCCGUCUCCACUCCUGAGGGCUAUGCACUUUGACAGACUGACUCCUGAGGAGAGGAUUGAAGCCCUCAAAAGGUGGAGAGGGGCUGAAAAGAUGGGGCAAGUGACAUCUAAGUAUGCUGACCACCUAGCUGCCAAGUCAGAGAGAGGAUCCACGUGUGGCCCUUCUGCUGUCUUUGCAAUGACGUCAGCAACUUCUCGUGCUGUUGAGCAAGGAAACUUAUCUGUAUGUGAAACUGCUUUAGACUCAGACUGCUCUGAAACUAAGACCUCAGGGAUGGCUGGACCCUCAAAGGGCUAAAAACAGGACACCCUCUUUGGAGUUGCAAGUAUUCCUUCAAGUUUGGAAGAGGAACUUUGAAGAGGCACCUCUACCAAGCAAGAACGACUUGAAUUUUUCCUGAAGGGUCAUGAAUAUUUUACUAGUGUGGAGAAGCCAAUGUGAUGACUUCUGUUGUAUACGUAUAGAUACAUUUGUAAAAGAGAAUAAAAUUUGACCUGGACAGAGUUUAGGGAAAUAAAAUAUUUAAUUCAGAACCAAAUGCUUUUAUGAAACAUUUUGGAAUUUAUAAAAGCAUUUUAAUUGUAUUAGACAUAUAAAUGUUUUCAAGGAGAUUCAUUUGAGAUAUAUUUAUUUUACUGUGAGAUCUCAGAUUCCAGAGAAAUGCUUUGAGCAGACUCCAAUCUGAUUUGAUUUUCUUUAUUAAGAAAAAUAAGUAGUUUUAGAUUCAUUAAAGUUCAAAGUUCCACAUGAAAAAAUAUAUAUUAUAAAUGGUUAAUUACCAGAGGAAAAUAAUUCCAAGAGCCCUUUAAACCUAAAAUAGGAUAAUGAUGAUACCAUUUAAAAUAUAGUUGUUAUUAAUAGCUUUUGUUUCCUAUGAGAGGAUGCUUUUGGUCUUCUGACUGAAAGUGUUAGCAUACCUCCCAUUUCAGUGUUCUCCUGACACGGAGUCUUCAUACGAAGGGGCAAGCGGGAUGCCAGGGUUCCACUGGGUGACGGGAACCAGCUUCCAGUCAAAGAAAGACCUUUCUGGGGGUCUGCCCGUGUGCAGAUGUUAGUUGGGGAACAGAAGCCAUGGGAAAGACAGGCAGAAUCAGCUAGCCUGUAGCCAAUUAGGCAAUACCCCGUGUUCCACAACUGACAAUAGCCUGAUCGGAAUGAGACAGUCAAUGUCAAAACCAUCUUCAAGAGGCCAUUUGCAGGUUCAUAGUCUUUACAAUACCAUGCAACCUUUCUGGUGUUGUAACCUCUAAAAAUGAGAUUUGAAUUAAGACUAACACGGAUGGUUCUCAGAAGGAUUCCAUGAGAUUCUUAGAAAAAAUUGUUUUUUAAUACAUUUAGAAUAGGAAUAUGUGUAGCAGGUUAACUGCUGUAGCAAAUCGUGUACGCUGGCUUUCGUUGGAACACAAAACUAGUUUAUACCAAGUAAGGCCAGCUGUUUAUAAGAUCAUGUAUUCUUGUUGAGUUCUUGUAAAAUUCUGUAUCUGUUCAUCGGAAAAUUGUCAGCCGCCAAUUACCUAGAAUUUCCUUCAUGAAAUCUUCACACUAAUGUUUUGUUUCCUUAUCAAAGUUGUCUUAAUGACAAACUGUUGUUCUCAGGGCUUUAUCUUCUACCUGCCGCCCACUGUCCUGUAGUCUUCUAUUAUUAUUGCAGAUAGUCUUUUAUAGAGACCCAUCUCCAGAACUUUCAAAA